CUGCAGGGUUGUUCAGUGCAGCCACCACUGACCCGGGGGGACAGACGCAGCCCGGCCUGCCCCCGGGCCGGUGCGGGGACGGACGUUCCCUGCGCACGCGGAUGACCCCAGAGCCCACAGGUGCCCCUCGCUGGCUCGCCUGCAGCCUGGGUCAGCACCAGGCUAUGCCCCUCCUCACCGACGUCCACGGGGACCAGGCUUUGCGCUCCAAGGCCAGGCGCUCACGCCUCCGUCCAGCCGGACGGCAGCUCGCCCAGGGCCCUCCCCUGCCCCACCCGGACCGAGGCUUUGCGUCCGUCCUGGCAGCUCGGACCUCUGCUCGUGACAGGGCCGUGGGGUCUGGAGCGGCUUGAGGACUGACUGUCACAUUUCCUGUGCAGGGACCCAGCUUCAUCAUGGACCACGAAUGCGCCCGGCUCCUCCCGGCCGUCUGUGCCGUCCUGGCAGACCCCGGGCAGCCGGUGGCGGAUGACACCUGUUUGGAGAAGCUGCUGGACUGGUUUAAAACCGUAACUGAAGCAGAGUCCAGUCUCCUGCUGCUCCAGGAGAACCCCUGCUUGGUGGAGCUGCUAUCCCAUGUGCCGAAACUGCAGGACGUGAGCGCCGGCGUCCUCUCCUUCUCACUCCGCCUCGCAGGGAUAUUUGCAGCGCAGGAGGACUGCUUCCAGUACCUUCAGGCGGAGUUGCUGCCGGGGCUCUUUGGGGCGGCGGGACCCCUGGGCCGAGCAGUCUGGGCUGUCCCCACCGUGCGCAGUGGCUGGAUCCAGGGCCUGUGCUCCCUGGCGCAGCACCCCAGUGCCCUGCGCUUCUUGGCAGACCACGGUGCUGUUGACACCGUCUUCUCCCUGCAGGGAGACGCCAGCCUGUUUGUGGCCUCGGCUGCCGGUCAGCUGCUGGUGCACAUCCUGGCCCUGUCUAUGGGAGGCAGGGCUGAGGGACACACCUGUCCUCGGGAUGAUGACUGGCCCAUGUGUGCCCAGAAGAUUGUGGGUCACAUCGAAGAGUCCCUGUGCUCCACAGACACCCCAAGGGUCACUCAGGCCCUCAAUGCCCUGACCACCACCUUUGGGCGCUGCCAGAGCCCGUGGACAGAAGUCCUCUGGGAGCAGCUGAGUCCCCUCGUGGCCCGUCUGCUGGAGAGAGACCCCGUCCCGGCCCCACACCCGCUCGUGGACCUGCUCCUCUGCGUGGCCCGUUCUCCUGUGCUCGGCUCUUCAGACCGUGGCCCGUGGGAGACGGCAGCUCAGGCCCUGAGCCGCUUGGCCCCUCCCCAGGCAGGGCCGCUGGCGCUGGGCGUCCUGAAGCUGCAGCUCUGCCCACAGGCACUGAGGACCCAGGCCUUUGGGGUCCUCCUCCAGCCCCUGGCUUGUGUCCUGAAGGCCACCGCUCAAGGCUCUGGGCUCCCAGGCUUGCUGGAUGGGACCUCGGAGGACUCUGUGGUGCUGGACGCUCUCCUGUCCUCCAAGUCAUCCUGCGCGGGCCUCCUGUGCAGGACCCUGGCCCACCUGGAGGAGCUGCAGCCGCUGCCCCAGCACCCCUCGCCCUGGCCCCAGGCACCCCUGCUCAGGGCUGUGGUGACAAUACUGCGUCUCUGUGACGGCUCAGCAGCGCCCGCCUCCAGCGUGGGGGGCCGCCUCUGUGGGACCCUGGCGGGCUGCGUCCGCGUCCAGCGGGCGGCCCUCGAUUUCCUGGGGACACUGUCUCAGGGGACAGGCCCCCAGGAGCAGGUGACGCAGGUGUUUGCCGUCCUCCUGGAGUGCCUGGAGCGCCCCGACUCCAGCCCCACGGUUCUGAAGAAGGCCUUCCAGGCUACCCUCAGGUGGCUCCUGAGCUCAGCCAGGACACCCGGCUGCUGUGGUCUUGGCCCCCACGCAGCGCUGUUCCUUCCAGAGCUGUUCCCUGUGCUGCAGAAACGCUUGUGUAGCCCCUGCUGGGAGGUGAGGGACUCGGCCCUGGAGUUCCUGACCCAUCUGAGCAGGCACUGGGGAGAGCAGGCUGACUUCAGACACAUGCUCCUCGAAUCAGAGGUGCCCGAGCUCACCUGGCAGCUUCUGCAAGAUCCUGAGAGUUACGUCCGUGCCAGCGCAGUGACUGCCAUGGGGGAGCUCUCUAGCCGGGGCUUGCACGCCGCCCCCACCAGCCCCGAGCACCCAGAGGCCCAGCAGAGCCUGCUUCCGGAGUUCCUGCACAUCCUCUCUGCAGACUCGGAGGGCUUCCCGCGGAGGGCUGUCAUGCAGGUCUUCACCGAGUGGCUGAGGGGCGGCCACGCCGACGUGGCCCGGGACACAGAGCGGUUUGUGGCCACGGUGCUGCAGGUGGUGAGCCGGGACCUGGACUGGGAGGUGCGGGCCCAGGGCCUGGAGCUGGCGCUGGUGUUCCUUGGCCAGACGCUGGGGCAACCGGGCCCCCACUGUCCCUACACCGUGGCCCUGCCCAAGGCAGCCCCGCCCAGCCCCCUCCCUGAGGCGCUGGGGGCUCUCUGCCGGGUGCGGCUCUUUGAGUUCGCCUUUCGUGCCUUGUUUGACUGUGACCGACCCGUGGCCCAGAAGUCCUGUGACCUCCUCCUCUUCCUGAGGGACAAGACUGCGGCCUACAGCAGCCUGUGGGAGGCAGGGGGCAGCCCAGACUCAGCUUCCGUGGAGGCUGCUCUGCAGAGGUGGCAGGCGGGCGAGCAGGGCCAGCCCUUGGGGGACCUGGAGCCUGAGGCCAUGCUGGCCGCGCUGAGAUCCAUAGACCUAGAGGGCCUGCGGGGCACACUGGCCCAGGGUAGCGACCACGUGGAGAAGAGCCCCCAGUCCCUCCUGCGGGACAUGCUGGCCACAGUGGGCGUCCUGCAGGAGAACCAGGCCGACUGCUACUGAGGCCGCCCAGCCCGAGACCUGCACUGGGGGAGGCUGUGCCUCGCCCUGCCUGGGGCCGCUGCCUUCCCCACGGCUCCAGCCCAGCCUGGCUGCGCGAGGGGCCCUCCGGGGAAGCCAGGACUGGGAGAGAAACGAGAUUUUUUAAAAAAUCCCACAUUUUGAUGUAUCAUUAAAGAAGUGGCUUAUUUUCUACUCAAAAUAAAUGGCAAUGAAGUCUUUAA